AUGGCGCCGAAGUCACUUGAGCCGUGGCUCGCGCACUUUCUGAGAGACGAGAUUGCCGCUGUGAUCGACUGGCAACGCCAAGCCGUCCCCGGUAUCAAGCCUGACCCGGAGUGCCGCUUCAGCGACGACGGCAGCAAUUUUCGGUGCGAAAUCGAGACGCCGCCAGGAGCAGCGGAAGUGCAGCUCAUCGAGGUCCUCACUGUCGGCAACGUGGUCACGGUAUACGUGUCCGACGGCAAUAUCAAAGUGAAGGCCCGCUUGUCCCCAGACGCCGUUGCGACGUUCGAAGAAGAAACCGGCGACACCAUCGCCCUCGAAGUCAGCGGUGAUGUUCUGCAACUGAAGAAGUUCACCAUCAUCAGCACGCCCUUCGGACCCCCAGACGGCUUCGUGCAGUUACACAUUGACGAACUGGAACACCGCACGCUGCUGCGGAGGACGUUCGGCAACCCUUCGCCUGUCGAAGAGAACUAUAGCGUUCGCGUGCUUGUUGAGAGCAUCAAGCAGUUGCGGAUCCCUGAGGCGUCAUCACAGCAUGACCCGGACCGCCUACAUCCUGAAGCUGAUCUGCCGAAAGCAGCCAAGCCCAGCGUAUCGGCCACCACCGUGAGUCCUCCUCCGCUAGCUAUACAAACGCAGGCGCCUGCAGAGCCAAAGUCUCGAGGCCCCACUCUGCGUAGAGAUGGAUAUGAAGUUGAGAGCGGACUCAACUUACAGGGGCCGGUGGGGCCCAAUUUUCAAGGUAAACCAAACGCUGCUUCCAAGAAGCUGGAAGACGAUUCACACUUGCUAGGAUUAUUCCGGAAAGUGAAAGCUCCCGCCAGUGUACCCAAUGCCCAUGCGGUCAAUGUCAAGGCCCGGCGAACGUCGCCUGCACCGCAAAAGGCGGCGUCCGUAGUGAGCAUCAGCUCUGCUACCCCUGCGAAUGCACUGGAUUCCGCGGCGUUGGUGCUACAGGAUUCUUCCGCAGCCUCACCAAGACCUGCUGUAUCUCCAGUGCGCUCUACCAACAGCGUGGCUGCAGUUAUUGCUUCUCAACAUGAGCCAUCAUCUGGUCAGCCAUCCAUUGAACCGCGACGAGGUGCCGUGCUCAAGGACGGUAAAUCAUUCUUCGCAUAUGCAAGGAUAAAGGUGCCUGAUAGUCAACGCAGACUGCUCGAUAGCAACUCGUGGUUGCCUGCGUUGCCAGGAAAGCAGUUUCCGAGUCCUAAUGUCCCUCGCGAGCUGUUAAUACGGUGGAAUGUCGAGGCUGCUGCUAGCGAUACCGAUCUCGCCGUAUCCCAGCGCUCUGCUGCAUCCCAAAAAUCUGCACCUCUGCAAGAAGCGAUGUCCGUCUCGGAUUCUGACUCAGAAGGAUCUGACACCGCCUCGCAAGAACCCACGCCUUCUCCGUCGCAGCAUUGGCGCCCGAAAUUAGCUGCUAUUCCCCAUUCGAGUGCUAUCAAUAGCACUAUAGAAAGUGACGGAUCUAUGGCAGAUGUCUCGAGGCCGUCAUCCGCAUCUCCUUUGCAGCGUGUAAAGCCUGUUCGUCCAGAUCUCCCACCAUCAAGCACCUUGGGAAGCGUUGUUCGCGCUACUCCGACCGAUGGCGAAUUGGAAGUGACCACGCCCCGUCCUUUGCCAAGCGGACGGCUGCCAUACAAGAGAGGAGCUAAUGAGCUGGUGGCACCUUCAUCGAAGCGUCAAGCAUUCACUCCCAGACAUGCUGCGGUGACAUCGGGUCCAGUGGCGGGCCUUCGCCACCCUCUGCCGAGUCGUCCUAUGCUGCCACCGAGCCCCUCACCUGCGAGCGGACAGAGAUCACCACAACAUGCAUCAAGCAUCGGCAUGCUCUCGCAAUGUGUUCAUGACACCCCAGCAAGGUCUUUCCAACAAGACUCCCCACGGGCUGCCACGAAUUCUGUGGGACUGGUGGGCACUGAGCCGUCGCUUGCGAGAUCUCAUCCAUCCCAGCAUCCGUCCUCACGAUCCUCUCAGCCCACGCCUGCUUUUCGAGAAUCGGCACAGAUGACCAAGCCGUCUUCUCUAUCUGCAGGAAGGUAUGCAACUACACAGCCGAAGCAGGAUGGCAGGCGAGCCACUACGCCACCUGAACGGUUCAGUCAUCCCGUAAUGGAACAGCAGCAGGCACGAAAGAAUUUUAUGAACCAAGAGAGGCGAAAGAACUGGAUGAAAACUCUAUACAUACCAGGAACUGAUGACACAGUACGGCUCGGCACAGUGCAGCUUGCCACAGUGCUGGCCGAAUACAAGAAAGAGCACCCCGGAGACUCUGGCGUGAAGCUAGAUGACCUUCUUUGGGCAGCACAAGAAGUUUAUGGUAGGACGGACCUGAGUGGGCCUGGCAUCACAGCUACCACAUUCUAUGUGCGCAAGCCACCGACCCCGAAUUUUUCCAUUCAAGCAGAAGAUGGAAGCGCUGUGCUUUUCAGGCGUCGCAUUAUGGACUGGUAA